AUGUUACAGUCACUGACCUCACCUCCAGGCCUGGCUCAGUCCGGCCUGGCUCAGCCCGGCCUGGGUCAGCCCGGCCUGGGUCAGCCCGGCCUGGGUCAGUCCGGCCUGGCUCCGUCCGGCCUGGCUCAGCCUGGCCUGGUUCAGUCCGGCCUGGCCAAUCCCAUCACAUCACAUUUCAGAUUGCCAUUUACUAAAAGACAGAAGAUCCAGUACGACAACAACGCCUUCAUACUGUCGGGAUGCGAACCCAUCUGCAGAGACCGGGGGAUGGAGCGGUGGGAUCUGUCCUGA